AUGGAAACCAUAGUGCUAUACCCAUCUCCAGGCAUGGGCCACCUCAUCUCCAUGGUGGAGCUCGGAAAACUCAUCCUCCGCCACCACCCAUCCGCCGCCGUCACCAUCCUCACCGCCCCUCCCUCCUUCAACACCGGCUCCACCGCCGCCUACAUCCGCCGUGUCUCCUCCGCCCUCCCCUCCAUCACCUUCCACCACAUGCCCGCCGUCAACCUCGACCUCCAGGCCUUCCCCUCCAUGGAGGCCGUCAUCUUCGAGACCCUCCGCCUCAGCAGCCCCCACGUCCGCCGCGCCCUCGAGUCCAUAUCCGCCGUGGGCCCCACCAUCUCCGCCUUCAUCAUCGACUUCUUCUGCGCCUCCUCCCAACCCAUCGCCGCCGAGCUGGGCAUCCCGACCUACUACUUCGGCACCUCCGGCGCCGCCUCGCUGGCGUUAUGCCUCCACUUUCCGGCGGUCCACCGCUCCACCACCGUGAGCUUCAAGGACAUGAAGAACACGCUCCUCAAUUUCCCGGGCCUGCCGCCAUUCCCGCCUUCUGACGUGCCGUUGCCACUUCUUGAUCGAGAGAGCUCGGACUACAGGAAGUUUCUAGAAUGUUCUCUUGGCGUGUCGUGUUCGGAUGGAAUAAUUAUCAACACAUUCGAGAGUUUGGAGGUUAGGUCUCUGAAAUCAAUAAGAGAAGGUGAGUGUAACACGGGCGGGCCGGCUCCGCCGCCGGUUUUUACAAUUGGGCCGCUUCUUGCAUCCGAGGAGCGGAGUACCAGCGGCCCAGCCCACGAAUGCUUGAGUUGGCUCGACAAGCAGCCAAGUAAAAGCGUGGUCUACUUAUGCUUCGGCAGCUUGGGCUUGUUUUCGGAGGCCCAAUUGAAGGAAAUCGCGAUAGGGUUGGAGAAAAGCGGCCACCGGUUUCUGUGGGUGGUCCGAUCGCCACCGAGUGGCGACGACAGCGCCCGCUUCCUGCCGCCGCCGGAGCCGGAACUGGACUCCCUCCUGCCGGAGGGGUUCCUGGACCGGACGGCGGGCCGGGGCCUGGUGGUUAAGUCGUGGGCCCCGCAGGUGGCGGUGCUGGGGCACAGGUCCGUGGGAGGGUUCGUGACUCACUGCGGGUGGAACUCGGUGCUGGAGGCGGUGCGGGCCAGCGUGCCGAUGGUGGCGUGGCCGCUGUACGUGGAGCAGAAGGCGAACCGGGCGGUGUUGGUGGAGGAGAUGAGGGUGGCGCUGAGAAUAGAGAUGGCGGAGGACGGGUUUGUGGCGGCAGAGGAGGUGGAGCGGCGGGUGAAUGAGCUGAUGGGGGAGGCAGAGGAGGUGAGGAGGGUGGUGGAGGAGAAGAGCUUGGAGGCUAUGGCGGCCAUGGCGGAAGGAGGUUCCUCCAUUGUUGAGCUUGGGAAGCUUUUUCAGUCGUGGAAGAAAGUGUGA